AAUUUAUAGAAAAUUUCAGUACCUUUUAAAUCCUCGUCAAGUUUAUAGUCUUUCUGGAAAUGGACCAAUGCCAGGGUUAAAUUUUUUCCGAGAUGUUGCUGAGUUCAGAGUACUAGCAUGUGGUGGAGAUGGAACAGUAGGCUGGAUUUUGGAUUGCAUAGAGAAAGCGAACUUGAUUAAGCAUCCUCCAGUUGCUAUACUGCCUCUUGGGACCGGCAAUGAUUUAGCAAGGUGUCUGAGAUGGGGAGGAGGUUAUGAAGGUGAGAAUUUGAUGAAGAUCUUAAAAGACAUUGAGAAUAGCUCAGAGAUUUUACUGGACAGGUGGAAAUUCGAAGUAAUACCCAAUGAUAAAGAUGAGAAAGGAGACCCAGUGCCUUACAACAUCAUCAAUAACUACUUUUCUAUUGGCGUGGAUGCUUCAAUUGCCCACAGAUUCCACAUCAUGAGAGAAAAACAUCCAGAGAAGUUCAACAGUAGAAUGAAGAACAAAUUUUGGUAUUUUGAAUUUGGCACUUCGGAAACUUUCUCAGCCACCUGUAAGAAGCUGCAUGAAUCUGUAGAAAUAGAAUGUGAUGGAAUUCAGCUGGACUUAAUCAAUAUAUCUCUGGAAGGAAUUGCCAUUCUGAACAUCCCAAGCAUGCAUGGUGGAUCGAAUCUCUGGGGAGAGACAAAGAAAAGACGUAGCCACCGUCGGACAGAAAAGAAGAGGUCAGAUAAAAGAACCACUGUUACAGAUGCCAAGGAAUUGAAGUUUGCAUGCCAAGAUCUGAGUGACCAGCUUAUGGAAGUGGUUGGUCUGGAAGGAGCCAUGGAGAUGGGACAGAUAUACACUGGUCUGAAAAGUGCUGGAAGACGUCUUGCCCAGUGCUCGUCUGUUGUCAUCAGAACCAGCAAGUCUCUGCCUAUGCAGAUAGAUGGGGAACCUUGGAUGCAAACUCCUUGCACGAUAAAAAUUACUCACAAGAACCAAGCCCCCAUGUUGAUGGGACCUCCUCCAAAAACCGGUCUUUUCUCUUCUAUCAUCAAAAGAACAAGGAACCACAGCAAGGAAUAAGCCUAUGUAGUUUAGUUUUCAGAAAAACAAUUAGCUUUGUUGGGCUUUGGAAUAUUUAUGCUGGAAAUCUUUCAAGAAUUUUAGAACAUCUUCUACUUGCAAAAUCUUGGAUUUUGGUUUAACUGUUUCUGUAACUGAGCUAAUGUAAAACUAUGCUACUAGAAAAGAUGUUGUCACAGUUUUGUAGGCAUUUUGCAUGAUGAAAGCAGAUGUUUACAUAAAGUGAUGCAUAUUUUUUGUUGCAUGCAUUACCAUUUACUAAUCUAUGGGCUAAUUCUACCAUGGAAUAUGGGAAAAGAAUGUCAUGGGUAAUUUGAUUUUCUCUCUUUUCCAUUUCAACUUUUUCUACUACAAUGAUCACAUGCCAUAGGUUCAAUAGUAUCUCUUGAAUCAAAGAUCUUCACAUGAAUAGCCAAUUUGACCUGUUUCAGAGUAAAGUUUACUACAGGUCUCAUUAACCUGUAUUUUUAGUUUACCGUUUCUUUCUACCCUGAGAAUAUUUUUAUUCAACUGAGUAUUGAAAUCUCGGAUCUUAUUCUGAUAACUCCUAUGUAUAUGAGUAACUGUACCUGCAGAAAAGAAUUAACAAUAUGUACAGUAUUCAAAUUAUCAUGAUUAUUCUUGUGUAAUUUUUUUGUUAAGAUUGGAAGCCAAUGCAAGUUUUAGCAAAAAUUAUAACACUAAGGAAAUCAUAUUGAGUGAAGAUAAUAAUUCCUGCAAAACUAGCCAUCAGUGUUGUUUGCUUAAACACUAAAAUUAUUUUCAUGAACAAUACAUCUCUGUAACAUGGCACACUUUAAAUCAUUCUGCAUAUUGACCAAUAGCAUAGUGCAUAUGCACACAAAUAACCAAAGCUCAUGCCUAAUUAAAGUGCAUUUCCCACCAAAGAUUUAGUGAAGGAUGCUUCAGAGAAAUGGGUUAAUGCAUAAUUAAUCAAACUCACUGGAGUAGACUCACUUCUGAAAAUUUACAGUUCUUUUGAUUACAUUGACAAUGUCCAGACAAAUGUUGGGGUAGGAAAAAACAUUAAAUUAAUUGCAAGUAAAUACUCACUUUUCAUUUGUUUCAUAAGUUAAUAGACAUAGUCACAUACUCUAAAUAUUGAGACAUUGACAUGAACUCUAAAUUAAUUUAGAAAAUUAAAUUUAUAUCCAAUUUUUGUCAUAAUUAUUUAUAAAUUUAUGCCAUCCAUAAUUUAUUCAUCACCUAAAUUAAUCUCAUAAGGAAAGAAUAAACUGUUAUCUAUUCCCCUUUCGUAGUCUGCUGUCUGGAAUCAAAACAUUUCUUGUCAUAAAUUUUGGGGAGGCAGUUGCUCAGGUUUUAACUUUCUUAGCCCUUUUAGAGACUUCCUAACAGCUUAGAAAUCAUAGUACAGGGAUUUGUCCGAGGUUUGCACAGCACGGUCUAACGUUGAAGGGAAGUCCAAGAAGGACAACUUUUUUCAGUCCUGCAUAUAAACAGUCUCAAUCAAAACUUUUUAUGCAGUCUUAACAUUGUUUUCUGUUCAGAGUGAGCUGCUUCUCAGCUCUGCAUGUCUUAAGUUUUCAGAUUUCCUCAAAAAACAAGGAAAAAACAAAACUUUGCUUGAAAUGCAUGAUUUUCCAUUUUUAUCCAGACUUAAAAAUGUUAAUGGUUUAUUAAAUCUAUUUUUCUAUUGAUUCAUUCAUCCAUUUUAAAAGUUAUACUUCAUCAUGCUGUAGUGCACGGUACUGUGCAUGUAUUUAAAUAAAGUUGCUAUCAUUUGUUCCUCAGUAUAAGAAUUCAACAGAGUCGUACUUUAAAUAAUAGGCACUGAAAUACAAGUCAGUAUAUAGUUGAUAAGGGUUAUGUCUUUGAAAUAUAAAGUCUGUGUUCUGUAAACAUUAGGAGGUAAAUACCAAUUAAUGUUAUGUUCCGCAUUAGGUAGAAAAAUAUGAAGGUGAUUAUUUGCUAAAAUUAAGAUCUUGUAAUUCACCCUUCUUAGGUCCAGUGGUGUUGACAAUUGCAGUUACUAUAGGAGUAAACUCGUAUUUUUCCUGUGCAUUGCAAACACACACACACACGCACAGUCACACACACAGAGAAGCAUUUGAUGCAGUUAACUAUGAACAUACAUAAGUAUAGAGCAAAAGUUAUUU